CCAUUCUCUCUCUCUCUCUCUCUCUCUCUCUCUAUCUAUCUAUCUAUCUAUCUAUAUAUAUCGGUGCUUUGUUCCAUUGUUGGGGUGCGAAUCUUCAGAGUCCUUCAUUGUUAACCAGCAAAGAUGCACGCGAAUCAUCUUCUUCUCGAGGAGCCUAUCAGGAUGGUCUCCAUUCUGGAGCCAUCCAAAGCAAAUUUCUUCCCUGCAAUGACGAAGAUCGUUGGGACUUUGGGGCCGAGGUCUCGAUCCGUGGAGAUCAUCUCUGGCUGCCUCCACGCUGGGAUGUCUGUGGCUCGGUUCGACUUUUCUUGGGGGGACGCGGACUACCACCAAGAGACUUUGGAAAAUUUGAGGGCCGCCGUGAAGUCUACAGGGAAGCUUUGCGCUGUGAUGCUAGAUACAGUGGGUCCUGAGUUGCAGGUUGUCAACAUCACCGAGAAAUCUAUUUCUCUUAAAGAGGAUGGCAUCGUAGUUUUAACACCCCAUCAAGGUCAAGAGGCUUCUUCAGAUGUCUUGCCAAUUAAUUUUUCUGGGUUGUCGAAGGCUGUGAAGAAGGGUGACACCAUCUUUGUUGGUCAGUACUUGUUCACAGGAAGUGAAACUACUUCUGUUUGGCUGGAGGUGGAUGAUGUGAAAGGGGAAGACGUGGUUUGUGUGAUAAAGAACACUGCAACAUUGGCCGGGUCAUUGUUCACGCUCCAUGUCUCUCAAAUUCGUAUGGAGUUGCCAACUCUUACUGAUAAAGACAAGGAGAUCAUUAGUACAUGGGGUGUAAAAAACAAGAUUGACUUUAUCUCUCUAUCCUAUACUCGGCAUGCGGAGGAUGUUCGUGAGACCCGUGAAUUCUUAUCUAAGUUUGGUGAUCUCAGCCAGACCCAAAUUUUUGCAAAAGUUGAGAAUGUAGAGGGUUUAAUGCACUUUGAUGAGAUCUUACAAGAAGCAGAUGGUAUCAUCCUUUCUCGUGGAAAUCUAGGCAUAGAUCUCCCACCUGAGAAGGUAUUCUUAUUUCAAAAAGCUGCUGUUUACAAAUGCAACAUGGCUGGAAAGCCUGCUGUGGUGACUCGAGUUGUUGAUAGUAUGACUGGCAAUCUUAGACCAACUCGUGCUGAAGCAACUGAUGUUGCCAAUGCUGUACUGGAUGGAAGUGAUGCUAUCCUCCUUGGUGCUGAGACCUUUCGUGGUCUCUAUCCUGUUGAAACAAUUUCUAUUGUUGGUAAAAUUUGUGCGGAGGCAGACAAGGUUUUCAAUCAAGAUGUGUAUUUUAAAAAGACUGUCAAAUAUGUUGGAGAACCAAUGACCCACCUAGAAUCCAUAGCUUCCUCUGCGGUACGAGCUGCCAUUAAGGUAAAGGCAUCUGUCAUUAUUUGCUUCACUUCAUCUGGAAGGGCUGCAAGGUUGAUCGCUAAAUAUAGGCCAACAAUGCCAGUUCUAUCUGUAGUCAUUCCCCGGCUCAAAACCAAUCAACUAAAGUGGAGUUUCAGUGGUGCAUUUGAGGCAAGGCAGUCAUUAAUAGUUAGAGGACUUUUCCCCAUGCUUGCUGAUCCUCGACAUCCUGCUGAGUCUACAAAUGCAACAAAUGAGUCGGUUCUGAAGGUUGCGCUCGACCAUGGGAAGGCCUCCGGGGUGAUAAAGUCACAUGACAGAGUAGUUAUUUGUCAGAAAGUUGGGGAUGCAUCUGUCAUCAAGAUUAUCGAGCUUGAGGGCUAGAAUGCUUCAUUUUUUCGUGUUUUCAGCCAUUAUUGCGCCAUUUGUUUGGACAGUCGUGGACUUUGUUGCCACACCUUAUGAGGUCCAAGUUUUGAGGUUUUUUGUUUGGACACACUUCACAACAUUGUACGGUAUAGGUGUAGCCUUGCAGGUCUGUUUAUUGAUACUAAGAGUGCUGGGAACUAUGGCCUUGGUCGCCCAUUUUUGUUGAAUUCUCAUAUUACAUUUACGUGUUUUAUGGUCGAUGAUAAUGUUAAUUGAUAUAUCCAGUUUUUGGGUUUGGAAAAA